AUGCGACUACCUUUUCAUCUUCUUGAUCAACAACAAGUCAUAUAUGCUGCAGACGAUGAUAUUGACGAUGUUCUUGAACAACCUUCAGUUGCUGCUUCUAUGUUCACAUCUUGGAUGGAAUGUAAUAAAAUUAAUAAAGAUGCACGAAAACUUACAUAUGUUGAAUUUCCGACAAAGUUUGUUUGGAAACCUAAUGAUAGGUUGUGGAAGCCAAGGAAUUUUGGACGCUCAAUAGGAAGGAUUCACUCUGUUUCACCUAAACUUGGUGAAAUAUACUUCCUAAGAAUUCUUUUAAAUAAAGUGAAAGGUCCAAAAUCAUUUGAAGAAAUUCGUACGGUAAAUGGUGAAGAAUUUCCUACUUUUCGAGAUGCAUGUUAUGCUUUGGGCCUCUUAGAUGACGACAAAGAAUAUGUCGAAGCAAUUAAGGAAGCAAGUCAUUCAGGAACUAGUUUUUAUAUGCGUUUCUUAUUUGCUACGAUGUUAAUGUCUAACAGUUUGGGUAGACCAGAUUUAACACUCAAUGAGGAUCAACUUAAAAACCUGACUUUGUUUGAGAUCGAACAGAUUUUACUUCGUAACAACACCAGUCUUAAAAAUUAUAACAAAAUGCCUUACCCUGAUUCUGAUAUAGUUUCUUCUUCAACAAAUCGCCUUAUCAUGGAGGAGCUAGACUAUGACAUACCCAUUUUAAAGAAAGAGUGUUUUUUUGUGUAUGGAUAUGGUGGAACAGGCAAAACCUUUCUUUGGAAGACGAUAUCUGCAGCAAUUAGAUGUAAAGGUGAUAUAGUUUUAAAUGUUGCUUCAAGUGGUAUUGCAUCGUUAUUAUUGCCUGGAGGUAGGACAGUAUACUCUCGGUUUAUAAUUCCAUUGAAUCUUACAGAGGAUUUUGUUUGUAAGAUACCGCCUGAUAGUGAACUCGGCAGAUUAGUAAGAAAAAGCUCAUUAAUUAUCUGGGAUGAAGCACUUAUGGUCCACAAACAUGCAUUUGAAGCUUUAGAUCGAGCUCUGAAAGAUGUAUGUAAGUUUGAUAAGUCUAGCAACUCAAAAAUUCCCUUUGGAGGGAAAGUGAUUGUUUUUGGAAGAGACUUCAGACAGAUUCUACCUAUUGUUCAAGGAGGCAGUAGACAAAAUAUUGUUAAUGCUUCUUUAAGAAAAGGAAAAGUUGGUGGUUCGAACGAUGGUGAAGCGAUUAUUGAUGUUCAGGAUGAUAUUCUCAUUAAUGAUCCACAUGAUCCUAUAGGUUCAUUAAUUGAGUUUGUAUAUCCUUCAAUCUUGGAAAAAUUCAACGUUAUGAGUUAUUUUCAAGAAAGAGCUAUACUAGCUCCGAAAAAUGAAGUUGUCCAACAAAUCAAUGAUUGUUUAUUAGCAUUGUCUCCCGAAGACGAAGUAGAAUAUUUAAGUUCAGAUUGUCUUUGCCAAUCAGAGUUUGUUCAUGAUCAUUUUGAUCCCAAUUUAUACUCCCCAUAUAUUUUAAACGGUCUUAAAAUAUCAGAGAAGCAGACAUUCCAGGUCUUGUCUGAGUACCUCCAACUUCUGGAUAGCUUACCAGUGCUAUCAGCUAUACAAGAGAUGAGUCGUGGUGUGGAGCUGGACAUAUACGUGUACAUCAUCUGUACUGAUACAGUCAUCACAAACGUACGUUACAGAUAUGGCUGGGAAGAACUCUACAGAAGGGAGGAUGUUGAAGACAACCCUAUGGCUGUUGAAGUUGAUAAAUCUGAUAUUUUUGGUCUUACAUGGAUGAAAGUUCCAUGGACUAAUCAGCUUGCUGUUAGAAUAAAAGAUGGUUUGAAGUACAAGUUCAUUGGUUUUCGUGAUCAGGAUGUUAUUAGCCUGACCAACUUUAUCCAGAACUCCUGUGGGUUAACAACAGAAAAGAAACAGCUUUCUAUUAGUGGGAAAAACUGGGGAGAAGUUGAUUUAAAUGGUUGA